AUGCUGGAACCACAGGAGAAUGGCUUGAUGGACCUACCAGAUUAUGAGCAUAUAGAAGAUGAAACUUUCCCUCCUUUCCCACCUCCAGCUUCUCCAGAGAGAGAUGAUGAAGGAGCUGAACCUGAUGAUGAGUCAGGAAGAGGAGCACCUGUUCCUGUACCUCCAAGGAGAACAGUUAAAAGGAAUAUACCAAAGCUUGAUGCUCAGAGAUUGAUUUCAGAGAGAGGGCUUCCAGCAUUAAGACAUGUGUUUGAUAAGACAAAAUUUAAAGGUAAAGGUCAUGAGGCUGAAGACUUGAAGACACUAAUCAGACACAUGGAGCACUGGGCACAUAGGCUAUUCCCUAAACUGCAAUUUGAGGAUUUUAUUGACAGAGUUGAAUACCUGGGAAAUAAAAAGGAAGUUCAGACCUGUUUAAAACGAAUUCGACUUGAUCUCCCUAUUUUACAUGAAGAUUUUAUUAGCAAUAAUGAUGAAGUAGGGGAAAAUAAUGACCAUGAUGUAACUGCUACUGAAUUAGAUCCAUUUUUGACAAACUCAUCUGAAAAUGUGACGUUUACUUCUGAAUCAAGUAGAAGCCUAACUGAAGAGCAGCAACAAAGAAUUCAGAGAAAUAAACAGCUGGCCUUGGAAAGAAGACAGGCAAAGCUACUGAGUAAUAGUCAGUCCUUAGAAAAUGACUUGUUAAUAAACACGUCCAGGGCACAGACAGUUGGAGAUGUUAAUACGGGUGAGGAUCAAAACAAGAAGUCAGAUGAACUUAACGAAGACAUUCUAGAUAAUCCACAUAAUGAUGCUGUUGCCAAUACUGUAAAUGAAGAGGAGGAAUUAAAAAUAGAGAAAACAACUGGACCAAUCCUUUUAAAUGUAUAG